AUGCCCGGUGCAAAACGUAUAACAAAAACAGUAUCUUAUACAGAAAAUGAUGAUGAUGAUUUUAUUCCAAAAGAUGAUAAUACCAAAAAAACUCGUAAUACUAAAUCAAAUAAUCAACAAAAAGAACCUAAGUCUUCACCUCGACAACCACCUCGAAAACGAAAAGAAAAAUUAUCGAAAGCUGAACAAGAAGAACUUGAUUUAGCACUUAAAAUCUCAAAAGAAUCUGAAGUAUCUAUUGAAAUUCCAGUUAUUAUUGAUGAUAAAGAAAGUACAACUAGUCGAUCAACAGAAUCGAGUAAUGAAAGUAAAUCAACAGAUAAAGAUUUUGAUGAACAAGAUGAAAAUUCAUUGCCAAAAAGUAAACGAAUAAAACGAGAAGAAGAAGAAGAAGAAGAGGAUGAUGAAAAUGAAUCUAGUCAUGAUGAAGAACAAGAAGAAGAAAUUGCUGAUGAUAAUGAAGAAGAAGAAGAGCCGACACCUGAAAAGAAACCAGUUCGUAAAUCGAAAGAAAUACCAACUGUUAAAUCAAUUGAUCUCAAUUCAAAUCAAUCAACCACACGUGCUCAACAAAAACCAUCAAUUUCAACAUCUGAUGUUUCAAAGAAAAAAGUCAAUACACCAGUAGGCUUUCCAACAAGUAAAAUAGUCAUUCCAUCAUUACAAACAGCUCGUGUUGGAUUAUCACGAAAUUCAUCGACUAUAAAACCUCUUCAUCGUAAUGUUAAUCAACGUAUUGUUCAUGAAUAA